AUGUUUGCAAUGGCCUCCCUGUCUUUCGCUUUGGCUGUCGCGCUGACCGCAUGUGAGGCUUCGCUGGUGAAGGAUCCAUCUCCCCUGGAGCAGGAUUUUCGUGCCACUGGUUGGGCGAUCACAAGACAGCUGUUGCCAACAUCGGAGUUGCAGGCGGUAUCAGCCAGACUUGAGAGUUUGCUUUCAGAGCAUGGCCGACGAGCUUUCGGAGACGAUGGGUCCAAGGAAGUCCGCUUCACCUUUGCAGUGCAUGAACUGGACGGCACCGUGAGCGACUUCGUAAGCAAAGACACGGGCGCACUCUGGCAGCAGGCCGCACAGCUGGCUGGCACCGAGCGGCUUUGCAUCCUCAUGGACCGCGGGUUCUCGAAGGAUCCCGGGGAUCCGGAAACGCAUUGGCACCGCGACGACGAAGCGAUCGGCCUUCCAAACCUUCACCCAGGCCUUCGAACAGUCCAUGCCUGGAUUCCUCUCGUAGCCAUGGGGAAAGACUUUGGCACACUCAGAUACCUUCUCGGCACACACCGCCGGCAGUACAACUGGUUUGAAUCGCUUCUGGCAUCAUUGUGGGGCUGGGAGUUUACCUGGUUUCUCACCUCGAGGACAGAGCAAGACGACAACUUGCAAUUCGGCGACGUGGCAUGGCACGACGGCUGGACAUUGCAUUCCGCCGGUUCCAACCAGGCAGAUGCAGUUCGCAAUGGUUUCGCCAUCAGCUAUGCUUACUGUAUCGAUCCGAACGGCUGCCGCGGAUUCAACCAGCGCGUCUCCCAGAAGGAUGCGACGUGCAGGCUUAGUGCAGGUGGAAUGGGCUCGCAUGCUAAGCGCUUCAGCCAGAAGGGUUGGGAGGGGCAGCUGCCCCGCGCCUAUGGAACAGCGAAGUCGGGAGUUGGAAUCGCCUCGAUGGGCGUCAUGCGUCCGGACAUGAUCAUGAAGUCCAUCAUUCCGGUGGUUAUGGCAGGUGUGCUCGGCAUCUAUGGCCUGAUCACAGCGGUGAUCAUCAACGGCAAGAUGGACGCAGCCAAUUACUCGGCUUACUCCGGCUACGCACACUUGGGAGCAGGACUUACCGUGGGCAUGAGCUCCCUGGCUGCGGGUCUCGCAAUCGGCAUUGUGGGCGAUGCUGGCGUCCGGGCCAAUGCUCAGCAGCCACGUCUCUUCGUUGGCAUGAUCUUGAUUCUUAUCUUCGCAGAGGCGCAAGCGCCAGGGCCGCUACUCGUGGGGCCAUUCGUGUUGUCAGAAGCUAGGAUUUAA